CCUCUCUAAUCCCCAUUGAGAGAUCCAGAGUUCGUCUCAGCACAGCAGCUGGAGAAACAGCAGACUACAUAAUGCCUCAUAUAUCAUGGGGUAUUGCCGGAGCAAUGAAUUCAUUGUGACCCAGAAUCCCCUGCCUUCUACCAUAGCGGACUUCUGGAGGAUGAUUUGGGAUCAUAAUGCCCAGGUCAUCAUCACACUGCCCGAUAUGGCACGCUCCACACAGGAAGCAGAGCCGUUCAUUUAUUGGCCCAGCCGAGACCAGCCAAUCAGUUAUGAGACAUUCACGGUCACCUUCACGGGGGAAAACCAUGUCUGCUUGUCCAAUGAGGAGAUGCUUGUCAUACAAGAGUAUACCCUGGAGGCCACCCAAGAUGAUUAUGUUGUGGAGGUGAGGCACUACCGCUGCCCCCGCUGGCCUAACCCUGACAGCCCCAUCAGCAACACGUUUGAGGUCAUCAGCAUCGUGAGGGAGGAGAGCAGCUCCAGAGACGGCCCUGUGGUCGUGCACGAUGAGUGUGGUGGUGUGACUGCCGGGACCUACUGUGCUCUGUCCUCUCUGGUGAGGCAGCUGGAAGCAGAGGGGUCUGUGGACGUGUACCAGGUGGCCAGGAUGACCAACCUCAUGAGACCUGGUGUCUUCACUGACAUUGAGCAGUACCAGUUCCUGUACAAAGCCAUCCUGAAUCUGGUGAGCACCCAGGACGAUCAGAAGAUGCUCCAGUCUGCUGACAACAACGGGACAGUCCCAGGAGGCUUGGCCUGUGCCGCCGAGAGUCUGGAGUCCCUUGUGUAACCAUGGUAACCAGCCUCCACUCCUGAGACAGAUACCCCAAACAACUUAAAGGAUUGCUCCACAGAUGGAUGUGAAGCAUUCUUGGAGCGAGUGCCUUGUAUAUUUACCUUGUGCUUGUAAUGGCCAUGACUAAUACCCUCCAAAAUGGUUUGGUGUUUUCUCCUGUUAACUUCUUACUAACUCUUUCUAGAUUUUCACACUCACUGGCUUUCAUCUCAAUAAAAAAGGGAACACAGCAUUUUUACAGAGAAUUAUUUUGUUAGUCUAUUUUGUAGUGACCUCGGAUGAGCCACAGUUUUUCCACACAAAAAUUGUAAAUACAAAGUGGUUAUGUUGCUUUAUGUCUGUAAGUGGAUUAAGACAAGGAGGAAUAAUGUUCUAAUAUGUAAAUAGUAUAAUAGAAACCAAUAAAACGGACCAAAUUUCUAUUUAUAUGUUAGAUUUUUAUAUUUUACUACUGUGAAACCUCUAGUGAUCAGCCAUAUGGUGAAGUUCUAAUACUUUAGUUGAAAUCAUUUGAACUGUUGACAUGUUUCUGACAUUACAAUAUUUUGUACUUCGUUGAAGACUUGAUAUGGUGUACUGACUCCUAGUUCUAUGUCAAUACAACGCUGCUGCCUAUGACAGGUAGCAGAUAGGUAGGAUUAAACAAGCAAAAAAAUAAAAAUAAAAACAAAACCA